AUGUCCCCCCCCCCCCCCCCCCUCGGGGGACUGCCCUCGCCGGAGAGCCCGAUCCAGAGCCCGGGCGCUCUGGGCUCGCCACGAGGCGUUACGACAAUUGAGGAGCGCCGCUACUUCAAGCAGCAGGAGAUCACCCGGCCAGCCUCCCUGCCUCAGGAUGCCGUCGUGCCGGAGGCCACCCGGUUGGCGGCCACCAACCACUAUCUGGCCCCCUCUGGCUCGUCCUAA